GAGACUAACAGAAGAAAUAGCAAGGAAGAGAGCUAGACCAAAAAAAAUCCAAUUUGCUCCAGAGUUACAAUUUGCUCUCUCUCCGUCACACAUUCUGAAGAUGGACUACAGCUGUUCUAACAUAGAGACACUCAGAAAGCCUCUCCGCUACCUCAGUAAUGAGGAGGCUGCGGCCUUGGAGGCAGAGUUGUUGGGAGAGUAUCGCUUUGGACCGCAGCAACUGAUGGAGAUCUGGGGCCAUGCCUGUGCCAUCGCUAUCACCAAGGCCUUCCCCCUGAGUUCCCUCAAGAGGCAUCCUACAGUGUUGGUGAUCUGUGGUCCCAGUCAGAAUGGCUGUAUUGGUCUGGCCUGCGCUCGCCACUUACGCAUGUUUGACUAUAUGCCCACAGUGUACUACCCCAAGCGCUCUACUCUGGCCCUGCACCGAGACUUUACAGUACAGUGUGAGAAAACGGACAUCCCUUUCCUCUCAUUUCUUCCCGCAGAGGUGCAGCUGAUAAACGAUGCAUAUAACCUGGUGGUGGAUGCCAUCCUGGGGCCGGAGACAGAGCCGUCUGAUAUCAGUGAGCCCUACAGCAGCAUCCUGCUCACCCUCAGACACAUCCGUAUCCCCAUUGCCAGUGUGGACAUCCCCUCAGGGUGGGACGAGGCCAACGUUGACUCUAUAAACCCGACAGUGCUCAUCUCCCUCAUGGCACCAAAGAAGUGUGCUGUCGGUUUCAGUGGGACACAUUACCUGGUGGGACGCAUCCUGCCCUAUGACAUCCAGAGGAAGUAUGAGCUCAAUGCACCAGAAUACCAUGGCACAGACUGUCUGGUUGAGCUAGGGUAAACAAACAGAUGCUCUGUUUUUCCAAGGGUUUCAUCAAAUAUUUAGAAGUGUAGACCUUCCUUCAUCCUUGAGGUUCUCUACUGAGUAAAUAUUAUUGCUUUUCACCAAACAUUUCACAUCAGAUCAAGGGAUGAAGGAAGGAUGCCUUAUUUGUAAUGAGGAUAUUUAGCAGAUCUCUUUCUUAGUGUAUCAAGGAAAUAGAGCUUUCUUUAUAUUCAUCAUCUCAGAAAACCGCUCAGAUUCACCAGCUUGGUUCUAAACCGUGAGGAAGUUUGCAAAAGCUGUAUAAAAUAUGAUGUAACGUUUGCCAAAAUAAACACGAGCU